AUGACAAAGCACAGCCUCCGACUUGUCAGCAGGUGCACCCCAAGUCUCGUCCGAGAUCUUCUCUGGUGGAUUCCUAGAGACCUUCUCAGUGUAUUUGAGAUCCAAGAACGCCAGGUUGGAUCGCUACGUGCGACACUUCAGAUGGAUAAGCACCGAGUUGUUGGCUACACCCAGCAAGAUGAUGGCUCUGAGCCACAUCCACUUCAACUGCAGUAUCUGGACCGAGACAACAGUGGAUUUAACGACGAUGGUAAUACUUUUAUCUCUGAUACUGACAGUGACGGUGACGAUGACGAAGACAUUUUAGCUAAUGGUAACAAUGGCAACUAUGCCUGGGAUGUCGCUGAUGAUGCGAGUGACCAGAGUUUCCACGGUUAUGUUUCCAGUGAUGACGAUAUGGAACAUCCAAACGACCAUGAUAGACAAUGCGGCACCGGAACUAUUACCAUGUUAGGGAACGAGUCUUAUCAAUCGUUGAGAGCACUGUACGCGAUAGACCUAUUCUCGUCAUUUACACGAGCCAUGGCCAAGGCAAUGAACACUCCUAUUCCAGGAGGCGCCGAGCAGAUUCAAUCUAAAAGCGACACAGGCGAUGCUAGCUGGACGAUCUUCACACUCAGGAACAAUCACCUGUCAAACCUGAUCCAGGAUAUCCACAGCACAGGACUUGGGAGUUUAGAUCAAAUAUACCUCAGCGUUAUCACGCCACUGAGCCAAGAAAACGUGCUACCCCAAUUGGAUGCAGUGGUUAAUUUAGCACUACAGCGUUCCAGGCGGCACGAGCGUUCACAAAAGUGGAAAGAGGCUGGCAACGAUUUAGUUUGGCUGUUUCGACUUGCAAACAGAACAUUCUCGAGUGGUGACAACAUCGUGGCAAAGGCAACAGCAAACCUUAUGGAGUACGAGAGACUAAUAAGCCGAGUACUCCGGAUUUCAAUGGAACGUAACUUUGAACCUUAUGACAUGGUCGGCACUAGGGAUCUCAAAAGGUUGUUAAAGAGACUUCAACAAGAGCUUGAAGCUGCCGACCCUGACCUGAAAGAGCUACUCUGGAAAAAAUACAAGAUUUUGAGGCCUCUGUCCCGGCAAUGUCUUACUUUUGAAGCUAGUGAAGCUAGUGUUCAACUCCAAAACCCUGGAGGCUCACUGAGUGAUCAAACGGACAUACUUGAGCGAACGGCAUUACACUACUACGUAUUUGUCAGAAUUCCAAUCAAAUUUCACAACUGCAUGAGAGGCCAGCAUGACGUUAAUGCUCAGGAUCUCCUCGGGCGAACUGCACUGCACUACAUGUGCCUUCACGACGCUGGAAGAUUAGAUGUCGCUCAAUGGCUCCUAGAUUACGGCGCAGACCCAAGCAUGACAGCACGAGAUGGAUCAACACCGCUACACUAUGCAGCAAUGAGGGGCGAUGAAAAGAAAACCAGGAUGUUGAUUGAAGCUGGGUCAACAGUUGACACUUCGGACGUGGCAGGUCGUUCACCCCUUCACACGGCUGCAGUUAAUGGACACGCAGCAGUCAUGGAAUAUCUAUGGGAUAAAUCAAGGCCAGAACGGCGAGACCGCUGGGGUUGGACCGUUUUACAUCUAGCAGCUAUUUCUGGAAGCAGAUCCGUAAUGGAACUUCUCUUCAAAUUGAAUUGUGACAAGGACGCCAGAGACCGUCGUGGCCGAACUGCGUUGAAUCUGGCGGUAUUGGCUGGAAAGGAAGCCAUGGUUACCUUUCUCAUUGACGAAGGGUUCGAUACGAAGGCAAAAGAUAACUCGUCUAGUGAUGUAUUUGACCAUGCGGUAAUAACAGGAAAGGUGGGAAUGGUUCAGCUUCUUAUCAAUCGAGGGCUCGGCAAGGAGUGCAAUGGAAUGGAAUUCAGCGAUCCACUUGCAAUGUCCCUCCAGUAUGGACAUGAGGCUGUGGCACGACUGCUAAUAAGUAGCGGUAUCAACUACAACUGGAAAGGUCGCUCGGAGAGGAAUCUACUUCAUUAUGCCUCGAUGGCGCCGACAAAUACUACCUUGAUGCAGGAGUUUAUCGAUGCAGGAUGUGAUAUCAACUCUCGGGAUGACUUUGGGGAUUCGCCUUUACAUUUUACUAUUUAUAGCAGUAUAGCAUCCAACGUCAAAUUUCUUAUCGAAAGAGGAGCUAACAUCGACCAAACUAACAAUUUGGCUCACACGGCGCUGUGGGAAGCUAUCAGUCGUGGGAAGGUUCGCCAUGUCCAGAUGCUACUCGACAAUGGCGCCUCCCUUGAUGUGAUCUCGGUAGAUCACAAUCCAGAAACACUCGUAUCAAUGGCUCUGAGAUUGGCAAAUAAGAAAAUUAUCGACUUGAUACGACGUCAUCAGGCCAAACCCAGGAGUGUUUCACAAGACGUUUCUCAGGCGCCUAUAUGA